AUGAGUAAUAUGAGCAUAGUUGGUGAAAUUCCAGACACUUUAUCCAAGCUGACCCAACUUAGAAUAUUCAAUUUGUCUUCUAACACGUUGAACGGGACAAUACCUAGUGAGAUUUGGAGAAUGCAGAAUAUGGAGGUCCUCGAUCUACACAGUAACUCUCUAUCAGGUCGCAUACCAGGCGAUUGCUGUAAGCUCGAGAAUCUGUCCCUCCUUUUAUUAGACGGCAAUCAUCUCUACGGCCCAAUACCAGAAAACCUUGUACAGUUACAAUUUCCCUUCAUCUUCCUCAAUCUCUCUAGUAACCAACUCACAGGCAAGAUUCCAUCUCCUUUCGAGAUGGGAAGAUUUCAAUGGAGCUUUCUUUCCAAUCCCAGCUUAUGUUCCUCCAACCACUUUGGAAACCUUCCUCCAUGCACCAGAUUGCACUUGAAGAUGCUUGUAAUUAUUGUCCUCGUCUUUGGUUCAGCCAUUCUCAUAUGCACAGGGCUAAUUGGUUUAACUAAGAUCAAGGCAUUUUUCUCAAAGGAAAAGGACGACGCCCCAUCUCCACAGUGGAAACUGACGGCCUUCCAAGCUAUUGAUUAUGACAUUCAAGACAUCCUUUGCAACCUCAUUGAUACAAACCUUGUCGGCAGCGGUGGCUCAGGAAAGGUAUAUAAGAUCUGCCUUGGUAACAGAAACGGCGGGGUUAUAGCUAUCAAGCAAAUAUGGUCUAGUAGUGGUGAACUGGAACAUGAUGUGCUGGAAAAGCAGUUUCAAGCUGAGAUUGAGAUUCUUGGAUCCAUCCGACACGCCAAUAUCAUAAAGUUGCUUGGCUUCAUAUCAAGCUCUGAAUCGAAGCUCCUCAUAUACGAAUACAUGGAACAUGGUAGCCUGUAUGAAUGGCUGCAUCAGAAAGAUGACCCUACUAGUACAACUAGACGGUUGUUGAACUGGCCGAUAAGAAUGUCAAUAGCAAUCGAUGCAGCAAGAGGGCUGUGUUACAUGCACCACAGUUGCUCUCCUGCUAUAGCACACCGUGAUGUGAAGUCCAGCAACAUCCUACUGGGUCCUCAGUUCAAAGCAAAGAUUGCGGACUUUGGCCUAGCUCGCUCUCUACUUAAAGCUGGCGAGCCAGAGUCUGUCUCGGCUGUGGUUGGGUCCUUCGGAUACAUAGCUCCAG